AGAGAAUAGAAUUGAGAAUACAAUGGCUCACUUCUCUUCGGUUGCAAUAGUUUUUCUUUUAUGUGUCGCAUCUUCUUAUGCCGUCAAAACUGUGGAUGUUGAUACAAUUUGUAAGGGAGCGAAAAAUCCUUCAUUUUGUCUAACUCUUCUGAAUUCAAAAGCAGGUGCAAGUCAAGAUCUCGUUAGCCUUGCACAAUACACAAUUGACGUAACAUUAGCCAACACAACCAACACCAUAAAGUUACUCAACAAGCUAAUCUCAAAAAGUGGUGGUGAUGCUGAAGCAAAAUAUCAUUAUCAUGCAUGUUUAGUUCAUUUUGAUGCAAUUGCACGCCUGCUUGAGGUUACUCCAUAUUAUUUGAAGAUGAAAAAUUAUGAUAAGGUGUUUAAAGAUGCCAUUAGUGUUAGAAUUCAUGUCGGUAGUUGUAUUUCAGGAGAUUCACCCGGUGACCCUCAUUAUCCUUAUCAUGACCCAUCUAUACUUCCAAAAUAUGCUAACAUGGUCGAUCAAGUUGCUCUGGUUUUUAUUGCUGUACUACAACAUUUGGACACAAGUGUUUGAUUAUAAGCUUUAAAUCUUGUAUUUCUUCAAUAAUGGAUUACAACAAAUAAGUCAAUAUAUUAUUUUCAAAGUUGUCAUUA